UGUUGUAAGUAAAGAAAUUCUCAAAUUUAUUCUGAUGAAAUUCUAGAACACUAAAGAACAAAAUAAGAUAUGAAGUUAAACCUUGUAUUUGUAUCCCAAGGUGGAAUUAGAAUAUUUUAUCAGAAGAUGGCCACUGCACAGAUGCAGAGGACUUCCAUGAGUGCAUUGGUAUUUCCCAGUAAGAUAUCAUCUGAGCAGCAGUCUUUGGUAUUAGUGAAGAGACUUCUGGCAGUUUCAGUAUCGUGCAUCACAUAUUUGAGAGGAAUAUUUCCAGAAUGUGCUUAUGGAACAAGAUAUCUAGAUGAUCUGUGUGUCAAAAUUUUGAGAGAAGAUAAAAAUUGUCCAGGUUCUACCCAGCUAGUGAAAUGGAUGCUAGGCUGCUAUGAUGCUUUACAGAAAAAAUAUCUAAGGAUGGUCGUUCUAGCUGUAUACACCAAUCCAGAAGACCCUCAGACAAUUUCAGAAUGUUACCAGUUUAAGUUCAAGUACACCAAAAAUGGACCAAUCAUGGACUUUAUGAGUAAAAAUCAAAGCAAUGAAUCUAGCACGUCAUCUGCUGAUACCAAGAAAGCAAGUAUUCUCCUCAUUCGCAAGAUUUAUAUUCUAAUGCAGAAUCUGGGACCUUUGCCUAAUGAUGUUUGUUUGACCAUGAAACUUUUUUACUAUGAUGAAGUUACACCCCCAGAAUACCAGCCUCCUGGUUUUAAGGAUGGUGAUUGUGAAGGAGUAAUAUUUGAAGGAGACCCUAUGUACUUAAAUGUGGGAGAAGUCCCAACACCUUUUCAUACCUUCAAAGUAAAAGUGACCACUGAGAAAGAACGAAUGGAAAACAUUGAUUCAACUAUAUUAUCACCAAAACAAUUAAAAACACCACUUCAGAAAAUCCUAAUGGACAAAGAUGAUGUAGAAGAUGAAAAUUACAUAAGUGAUGAUUUUGACUUUGAAACUAAAAUGGGAGAGCAGAAAAAAAACUUAGGAACUUCUGAAAUGAGAGAAUCAAAUUUAGUAUGUGAAGAAUAUGAAAUUAUGAGGUGUAAAGAAAGUCCAAAUAUUUCAGUUGCUCAUUCUCAGGUUGACCAUUUAGUCAGUAAAACAUCUGAACUUGAUGUGUCUGAAAGCAAAACAAGAAGUGGAAAAAUCUUUCAGAAUAAAAUGGUAAAUGGAAAUCAACCUGUAAAAUCUUAUAAAGAAAAUCGGAAGAGAUGUCAACUUGAACCUGUGAAAACAGUCAUCCAUCACUUUGAUUCUUCUAGUGAAGAGCCAGUGCCAAAAAGGAGAAAAUUUAGUGAACCAAAAGAACAUAUAUAAAAAUUAUUUUUUUCUUCUGGACAUUUGCAAAGUUCUUCUCAACAUUUAAACUAAAAGACACUGUAUUACUAUUUUAAGGUGUGUUUUCCCUACCUCUGAAAAUUUAUUUGUAAUUUUAAGCAACUCCUACUCUAAAAUGAAGUUUUUAAGCUGACUAUUGAUCUUACCUGAGAUAAAGCCAAGAGAAUUUUUGAAUAAAACCAAAACUACAAAUAUCAUAACUGGUUCUGUUCAU